UGAAGUAAGGGACUGAAUAUUUAACAUGUGGGGAGAGGGGGAGUUGGGGUAAACGGAAAGCAAUGGAUGGAGAGAGAGAGAGAUGCUGUUGCUGGGGAACAGAAGCCACAUAGAGGACCACUGAAAAAAAAAUCAGCAACAGAGAUUUGUGCACGUUAUUCCUGCAAAGAAGAGAUAUUUAGGAGUGGGAAAAGAAGGGGGUAUUUGCAGAGAAAAGAGGAAGAUAGAGAUGCCAGAGCAGAGGCAUUUUAUUUAAAGGAAUUUUGUGUGUCGGUACACAGCCAGUCUUUUCCCCAUCAACGGUGGCCAGUGGCUGGUUGAAGGGGGGGUUUGGGGUGCAGCAUCACAGAGGUGCCCCCUGUCUGCAGACACCUGCUGCUGGAGAGCGUCUGACAGCGAGGACACUGUGUCUGUGUGCAUGAGCGUGCACGUGUGCAUGUGAAUGAGUGAGAGACAGGAGGAAUUUCAGCCUGAAUCUUCGCAUCUGGGACCGAAGAGAGGGGAGAACACACUGACCAGAGAGAGGUUUCUAACACCGCUCAUGCUCUCCUCUCUGAGGGAUGGGCACCACAGAGGCGACUCUACGAAUGGAGAACUUGGAGGUGAAGGACGAGUGGCAGGAUGAAGACUUCCCCAGACCCCUCCCAGAGUACGGAGACAUGGACCCGUCCUGCGGUCUCACAGACGACAGAAACUCUCUCUCCCUGGAUGUUUCUCCCCCUGGAGGAGGAGGAGGAGGAGGAGGAGGAGGAGGAGGAGGCGUUUCUUCGUCCCGUAAACGGCGGACGCUGAUUGCCCCGGAGAUGAAUCUGUCUCUGGACCGCAGCGAAGGCUCUCUGCUGUCGGAAGACUUCCUGGACACGCCGGACGACCUGGACAUCAACGUGGACGACAUGGACACGCCGGACGAGACGGACUCUCUGGAGUUCAUCACCAACGGCAACGAGCUGGAGUGGGAGGACGACGCCCCAGUGGCCUCGGCUAAAGCGGCCCCCGCCUCCGGCCCCCUGCAGGCGGACGAGGGGAACAGCGGGAGACUGUGGAGGACCGUGGUCAUCGGGGAGCAGGAGCACCGCAUCGACAUGCAGAUCAUCAGACCCUACCUCAGGGUCAUCUCUCAUGGAGGUUAUUACGGGGAGGGUCUGAACGCCAUCAUCGUUUUCUCCGCCUGUUACCUGCCGGACAGCAGCUGCUCCGACUAUCACUACAUCAUGGAGAACCUCUUCCUGUACGUGGUGAGCAGUCUGGAGAUGCUGGUGGCUGAAGAUUAUCUGAUCAUCUACAUGAACGGAGCGACGCCUCGAAACAAGAUGCCCGGCAUCGGCUGGCUGAAGAGAUGCUACCAGAUGAUUGACAGAAGAUUGAGGAAGAACCUGAAGUCUUUGGUCAUCGCUCAUCCCACCUGGUUCAUACGCACCGUGCUGGCUAUAUCCAGACCAUUUAUCAGUGUGAAGUUCAUGAAUAAGAUCCAGUACGUGCACAGUCUGGAUGAACUGGCAGAGAUCGUCCCCAUGGAGCACGUCCAUGUUCCUGAGUGUGUGGUGCAAUUUGACGAGGAGAGGAUUAAAGCACGGAGGGAAAGGAUGGAGCAGGAGCACAGACAACAGGAGCAGCAGUCAGUCCCACAGGAGCCAAUUAAAAAGUCUGAGAGGCCAAAGUCGGUGGUUGUAAAUCAAGGAUUAUGAGGACAGAACUUUGCAGGAAAAGAGUGUGUGACGGACGUAUGGAGCAUGAACACUUCAAUUUAUUCCCGUAAGAAGCAGAGGGUCCAACAAGUCUUCAUAUGCUUCCUUGUUAUACCAACAUCUACCCUCUGUGCAACAUGAAAAUGUAAGAAGGAAGACGUCAAUGUGGAAACUGUCAUUGUUGGGUUCAUAGUCAUUAUCCUGCUGUGUUUGGACCUGCUAAUUUAUACUUAUAUCAUCGUGAGGCUCUGAAAAACCAGGACCUUGAUUUUGGCUAUGUUGUAACUUGGGGAUUGUAACUCUAAUUGUGGAAACUGACGUUGUAACUCCAAUUGAAAGCCCCUGCAGUUUCAGAGUGCAUACAGUUGUUACACGUCCAUUUAAUAUAAUGAUGUUACAGUUACUUAUCAAUAAAAAAAAACUAGACAGUCAGCAUUUUCUGAGCACCUAACAUCAAUCUUUUGAACAAAUUAUCAAGACAUAGCUAGCCAAAUAAUAUUGCUAACCCCGCUCUGUGUGGCCUAAAAACGUUCUGCUCUCAGAGGUCCUAAGCUCCAGUGCUGUCCGCAGCUAACUGAGUUAACAGCUAACAGUGCUAACAGCUAACUGUGCUAACAGCUGACUGAGCUAACAGAUAACUGAGCUAAGAGCUUAAUGCGCUAACAGAUAACUGAGUUAACAUAUAACUGCACUAACAGAUUAGUGAGCUAACAGAACUAAGCUAACAUCAAACUGAGCUAACAGAAAACUGAGCUCACAGCUACCUGUAUCUACAGCUGACUGAGUUAACAGCUAACUCAUCUAACAGCUAACUGAGCUAACAGCUACCUGUGCCUACAGCUGACUGAGCUAACAGCUAACUGAUCUAGUAACUAACUGAGCUAACAGCUACCUGUACCUAUACAGCUGACUGAGCUAACAGCUAACUGAUCUAACAGCUAACUCAGCUAACAACUAACUGUACCUAAAGCACACUGAGCUAACAGCUAACUGAGAUAACAGCUAACUGUACCUACAGCUGACUGAGCUAACAGCUAACUGAGCUAAGAGCUGACAAGCGAGCUAUUACAGUUAGCGCUUAACUUUGCUAUAUCUGACAAUAAUAUCGUAUUUUAGCGACAACAUUUUCUUUCCAUCAGCGACACAGUUUCUGAGGUCAUUAGAGAGGUAGAAAACAAUUAUCCAGUAUCACUCAAGGGUCCAUUCUUAAAUUAACCGAAGACAGUCAGAAUUUAGCAUCAGACAUUUGGAAAAUCUGACACUUGGAGAUAUAAGCGCUUUGCCUAACACUAAAGAUGUGUACAUAAUGUAAGUGAUGAAAUAUAUAACACUUAGACGUGUAACAACAACUUUAUUCAUGUAGCAGAUGCUGAUCCUGGGUCAGUGUUCAAGCUUAGACCAAACACACAUUUAUAUUCUGGUCAAUAUAAUGUGUGUUCGAUGUAAAUAACAAUGCAUCAGAUGCCUUCAUCUUAGUUUUUUGCCUCAUAUUGCCUGCUGUAUCAUGAGGCCUUCUUACUGUCUCUCAUGCUGUUUAGAAAAUGUCCAAAUGUACUAACAUCUGUACUUUAUUUUUAUGAUGUGCCUCUUCCAUAUUGUGCAUAGAAAAAAAACGGAAAGUUAUACAUAUUUGCAUUUCGUGUCUUGGAAAACCCCAUAUGAGAAAAAUCUUUAAGAAUCAUAUGUUGUAAAAUACGCUUUAUUUUGUGCAUAAUGGCCACGUAGAUGUCAUACAGAACAGCAUUUAGCAAAUACGUAUGCUUUGCAUUAUUAUUCAGACUAUGUAUUCGCAUAAUGUCAUGUAUAAGAUACCAAUAUAAUACUUACCCACCAUUUACAGAAUAUCUGCAAUAAUUUUGUAUGGGAUUUGUGGCCAUAUUCAAGACAAAGUGUGUGUAGAUUGUGCAUAUCUAUCAUUCUUAUUGAUCAGUUUCAUAUGGGAACAUUUUCUGUCAGCGGCUUGUGAAAGAAAGUUGUUUUAUUAUUUCAUAAUCCUAAAGUUUAGGUAUAUAAAGGUUUGUUCAUUUCUGCAGAGCGACUUCCUCUUAUGUUUUUCGGUAUGGUUGUUUCUGAUAAACAUUCGAGACAUUGUCAGCACAUGUUAUUACUUAAAACGUUUUAAACCUUUCUCUAUGAAUGCAUUAUGGGUUUGACGUGUUUGGGUUUUGUAGAUGUAGCCUACUCAUGUCUUCCAACUGUUCAACUUAUUGUAGCAGGAGGGCAGAGGAGUUUUAUUUUUGUAAACAAAUGCAUUAUAGUAUUUCCUGCCUGCCUUCUUUUUUUAUUUUGCACUUUGCAUUUGGUUAUGUUAAGGAGGAAAUAGUCUAUACUGUGUUUUUGUUAAGUAGCAUUACAUGCAGUUGUGUAGCUGAUGGUGAGGUAUCAACAGGUUUAUCUUAUUUGGUACAGAAAAAUGAAAUGUCUGUUUAUAAAAGUGUCAUUUCAAUUCUUUUAUUUGUCUUUUGUGGUACGGAAAUGACACAGAGGUUCAACUUUUGUAUCAUUUUUAAAGAAAUUGAUCAAUGUUUAUCAUCAUCAUGGUUUGUUUGCUGUAGUGAGUGCCUAUUUUUAACCAAAUGAUUAAAAUAAGUCCAUGAAAAGUGAAGGAUUGUAGAGUAUAGCCUUUCCAUGUGUAGUUAUUUUACUUUAUAGGUUUAAUCGAGUCACACCGAAUAUAAAAAUUGGGUGUGAUUUUCAUUUUGACUAUAAAAGCACAAUAUAUUGUUACAAAUCAUUUGCCUACCAUUUGUCUUAUGCUACAUGUUUGCUCAGAUUUAAAUGGUAAAGAUGAUCCUUCAUUGGUUCUGCCUUGUAAAUAAAACUGAAUAAACUGUUCCUCCCAA